AUGUCAUGCUCAUACAUCAUUUCGGGAAUUGGCUUCCUAAUACUUGGCCAUAUCAUAGCAUUAAUGCUUUACAGACUGUAUUUGCACCCCUUAGCCAAGUAUCCAGGUCCGUUCUGGGCACGGAUCUCGGCAUUCCCAGCCUUUUAUUACACUCUCAGACAGGAUCGACACGUCUGGUUCUGGAAGUUACAGGAGAGAUACGGCCCAACCUUUCGUAUCACUCCUAAUAGUGUUCUGAUCAACACCCCUACCGGCCUAGAGGCCAUCUACAACAGCAAGGCAAAUGUCAAGAAGGCGGAAUAUUACAGAGUAUACCCACGUAAUGUCCAUGCUGUUACAACUUGGAAUAGCAUCGAUAAGACUACCCAUGCUCGAAAACGGCGAGUUAUGAGCCAUGCUUUUUCUGAUAAAGCACUUCGCUCGUGCGAACCUCUUAUUCAAUCCAACAUCGACCGAUGGGUUCAGCUACUGGAUCAAGAGAUUGGAGAGAAGAAACGGUCUGACUCAUUGAAUAUGGCUCGAUGGGCUGAUCAUCUUGUCUUUGAUACCCUAGGCGAGUUAUGCUUUGGUAAAUCCUUCGGUAUGAAGGAACAUGAUAGUGAGUUACGGCAUAUUCCAACGCUUAUGACUGACUUUAUGUCCACGAUUCAUCCGAUUGCCUACUCCCCAUUCGCUUAUCUCUGGGCAUGGCUGAAGCCUAAUGGCCUAGACUACCUUCUCGCAGCUAUUGCGCCUCCAGCCUUGAGCAAGUGGCAAACGUUUGUCGAGAAAUGCUUUACUCAGAGAACUCAGCUUGAAAAUGAGGCGCGAGGGGUAGGUAAACUGGGUACUGAAAGUCGAAAGGAUUUCUUCCAUUAUCUCUUUCAUGCAAUUGAUCCUGAUACUGGAAAGGGGUACAGCAGCGAUGAGCUUUUCGGAGAGUGUGAGUCUCUGCUUAUUGCUGGCUCCGAUACGUCUGCCAUAAGUCUCGCUGCUGCUUUCUUCUAUCUUACAAGAUACCCUCUUGUACAGGACAAACUUGCCAAGGAAUUGAAAUCUACAUUUCCUAGCGUUGGCGAUAUCAGGGGUGGCACAGCUCUCUAUUCAUGCCAAUACCUUCGAGCGUUCAUUGACGAGACAAUGCGCAUGAGCCCUCCUGUUCCAGCCGAUCUUGCUCGAGAGGUUCAAGAAGGUGGCAUUGCUGUCGAUGGGCAGUAUAUCCCCAAGGGUAUGAAAGUCAGCACAGCAUCCUAUUGUAUACAUCAUAAUCCUGAUAUAUAUCCUGAACCAUUCAAGUUUCGUCCCGAACGGUGGAUUGUCGAUGAGAAUGCCGAGCGCGGAGUUUCUUCUGCUAGUGUCUAUCUAGCUGAAAGUGCAUUUAUGCCUUUCUCUGCAGGCCCUCGUGGGUGCGUUGGGAAGAAUCUGGCCUAUCUGGAGAUGAGCUUAGCUUUGGCAAAGGUAGUGUACCACUUUGAGAUCCAUCGUGAUAAUAACAGCAACCUGGGAGGCGGAAGUCCUGAUGCUAUCAGGGGACGCCGUACUGUGGACCAGUAUCAAUUACGAGACAUCUUUGUUGCGAAUAGGGACGGGCCCUUAGUACAGCUUACCAAGCGAACCUGGAAGGAUUGA